AAAAAUGUUAAAUCUAACAGGGAAAUUUGUUUUUUGCUUAAACUCACAUUUAUAAUAUAUAACGAUAUAAGAGUUAUUACAAUAUGAAACUUAUUUUGUACCUAUCAGUAGAAAUUUUAUUUGUUUUUGGCACGUGGACAAAUUGUAGCCCAAAUUUUUUUUUUUAUAUGGCGGUGUACAUUGUAGUUAUAGAAGAUCUCUUACAAAUUUUAUAAAAAUUCUGAAUAAUUUUAGGUGCAAAAAUUAAUGUUCAAAUAGUUUGUUGCACACAUGUUUGUUUUGUUUUUUUUAUGCGCGCAUGAAAAAAGCAAUUUGAAAUAUAAUAUUGGCAUCCUAAAUUAUUCAUAAUUUUUAAAGAAUUUGUGAGAGUUCUUCUAUGAUUAUAAUAUAUACCAUCAUAUAAAAAAAUGAAAUUACAAUUUAUCAAUGUAUCAAAAAUAGAAAAAAUUCCUAAGUUCCGAGUUCCAAGACAAAAGCUUCCAUAUAAAUAUAUAUAUAUUUAUAAAUAUUAGUUUUGCCCCAAGUUAAUGGAAGCAAACUAUGGGACGGGGUAACAUAUUAUUACCAACCCCUUUGGUAGAUCUCUUUCCAAUGCUCUUGCUAAUGUCAAGUCUCUUUUCCCAAGAUGGAAAGACUGUUUCUUUUUUUUUUUCUAAGCUUCAAUCCUCUUGGUUUCUUAUCAUAAACUUAGUAUAAAACUUUUAAGUACUUAGUAUAAGAUGAAUUCUUAGGUGAAAUCAACCUGAUGCAUAAUUAUGCACUAAAGUCAAAAGUUUAUUUUGGUAAAUGCAGUUCCACAUGCACUAAAAUUUAUAUUGGGGACUCCAUUUGUAGUUGCCUUUUUAGUCUAUGAAUGGCGAAGGCGUCAUUUAUCAAUGUAUAAUUCUAUUGAGGAGUUUCUUCAUACACAGAAUAAUCUCACACCUAUAAGAUACUCAUUCAGAGAUAUAAAAAAGAUGACCCAAAAUUUCAAGAACAAAUUAGGUGAAGGAGGUUAUGGUUCUGUAUUCAAAGGAAAACUUCGUAGUGGUCGUAUUGUUGCAGUUAAGAUAUUGAGUAAUUCCAAAGGAAAUGGGCAGGACUUCAUCAAUGAAAUUGCUACAAUUGGAAGAAUUCAUCAUGUUAAUGUUGUUCAUUUGAUAGGCUUUUGUGUCCACUCCUCAAAGCAUGCUCUUGUGUAUGAUUUCAUGGCUAAUGGAUCUUUGGAAAAAUAUAUAUUUUCUCAAGAAGGAGUUAUCUCCUUAAGUUGCAAGCAAAUUUUUGAAAUUUCACUUGGUGUGGCACGUGGAAUUGAGUACAUACACCAAGGAUGUUACAUGCAAAUUUUACACUUUGAUAUUAAACCCCACAACAUUCUUUUGGAUGAAAAUUUUAUUCCAAAAGUUUCUGAUUUUGGGUUAGCAAGAUUGUGCCCAUUAGAAAAAAAUAAUAUGUCCCUAACUGCAGCAAGAGGAACCUUAGGAUAUAUAGCACCAGAGCUAUUUUACAAAAAUAUUGGAGGAAUUUCUAAUAAAGCUGAUGUGUAUAGUUAUGGAAUGUUAUUGAUGGAAAUGGCAGGUAAAAGAAAAAAUAUAGACGCAGUUGCAGAAAAUACUUGCCAGAUUUACUUUCCUUCAUGGGCACAUGAUCAAUUAAGUCAAGGAAAAAAUGUAGACGUGACAACAAUAGAUACAGAUGGGGAAAAUUCAAAAAUUAUAAAGAAGAUGAUUAUAGUAGCAUUAUGGUGUAUACAACUAAAGCCAAGUGAUCGCCCUACAAUGAACAAAGUCAUAAAAUUGCUUGAAGGAGAAGUUGAAUGUCUACAAAUGCCUCCUAAGCCUUCCCUAUGUGAACUAGAGAAGCCGAUUGAGCAUGUUCAAGAAACAUUGUAUUCGGUUCAGUCAACAAUACCAUCAUUAACACUCCCAAGAUAAGUUCAAAUCUACAUCCAAACGAUUGGCAUUUGCAGCCUUUGCACUUUUUUAUUUUAAUUUUUUAUAGAUAUUGUUGGUUUUUAUAUUUGCUAUGUCAAAAUAUUAUUCAAGCUUGGAGGAAAAAAAUCAAUUUUUUAUUGGUAAUUUGUGUGACAAUAAAUAAUAAAUCAAGUAGUUAAAUUAAUAUUUCAAAUAGAAGCAAUCAUUCAUAGUACAU